GCUUUUGUCCAGGUUUGGUCCGGAUCAUGCCGGUGAGACGGGGCCAUGUGGCUCCUCAGAACACCUUCCUGGACACCAUCAUUCGCAAAUUUGAGGGUCUGAAUCGUAAGUUCAUCAUCGCUAACGCUCAGGUGGAGAACUGUGCCAUCAUCUUCUGUAACGAUGGUUUCUGCGGGAUGUGCGGAUACAGCCGGCCAGAAGUGAUGCAGAAGCCGUGUACCUGCAGCUUCCUGUACGGUCCUCACACCAAGAGGCCGGCUGUGGCUCAGAUGGCUAAAGCUCUCCUGGGAGCCGAGGAGAGGAAGGUGGAGAUCUCGCUCUACACUAAAGACGGAGUGUGUUUCCACUGUGUGAUAGAUGUGGUUCCCGUGAAGAAUGAAGAUGGUCUUGUCAUCAUGUUCAUCCUGAACUUUGAACUACCCACUGACCCCCGACCCUCCAACACUUCUCCCGUCAGAGAGCUGCACAGAGUGCUGAGGAUCCCCUGGCUCACCCUGGCUCGGCGUCAGCGUCUGCGCCUCCUCCUGCGCUCCCUCAGCCCCUCCUCCAGCGCAGACACAGAGCUCGGUGCUCCGCUCCCGCCACUCGGGCAUGAGUCUGUGGCCCUGGACAAACUUCUGUCCCUCCCCGAGAGACAGCAGCUGGAGGAGGCCGGAGUUGGACUCCUGCUCAGGCUGGACGGCAGCUGUACCAGUCUGAAACACUCGUCCUCAGUGGACGACAUCAAGAGUGGAGAGAGUUACUGGGACAAGAGGCUGCAGCUGAGACACAGCUGCACAGGUAUGGUCUCCGUCAGGAAGAGCAGCACUCCUGCUGGGUCAUCGGACGCUGAUUUACGCUGUCGGACCAACAGCCAGGUAACACAUAUGACUCAGAGUCUGUUGGACACUAAGGCUGACCCCCUGGUUGCAUUACCUCCAGGUGAGAUCAGACCUCCCAGUAAACUGAUGGACCGGACUCACCACGUCACAGAGAAAGUCACUCAGGUGCUGUCUCUGGGUGCUGACGUGUUACCAGAGUACAAGCUGCAGACCCCUAGGAUCCAGAAGUGGACCAUCCUCCACUACAGUCCCUUUAAAGCCGUGUGGGACUGGGUCAUCCUGCUCUUAGUGAUCUAUACUGCCAUAUUCACUCCUUAUUCUGCCACUUUUCUGCUCAGUGACCAAGAGGAGGCAGCCAUGCAGACCUGUGGGUACUCGUGCUCCCCCCUAAAUGUGGUGGAUCUGAUCGUGGACAUCAUGUUUAUUGUUGACAUCAUCAUCAACUUCAGGACCACCUAUGUGAACUCUAAUGAUGAGGUGGUGAGUCAGUCUACCAAGAUCGCUGUGCACUACUUUAAAGGCUGGUUCCUCAUCGACAUGGUGGCCGCCAUUCCCUUUGACCUCCUCAUCUACCGCUCAGGAGAGGAGACCACCACUCUGAUUGGCUUAUUGAAGACAGCUCGGUUAUUGCGAUUGGUUCGUGUAGCCAGGAAGUUGGACCGCUACUCAGAGUACGGGGCAGCCGUCCUCUUCCUCCUCAUGUGCACCUUUGCCCUCAUCGCACACUGGCUGGCCUGCAUCUGGUAUGCCAUAGGUAGCGUGGAGCGGACCACCUCGCAUGGGGUCGGCUGGUUGGCCACGCUGGGCGGCCAGCUGGGGAAGCCGUUCAAUGAAUCCAUCAUGGGGUCGGGUCCCUCUAUCAGGGACAAAUACGUCACCGCGCUUUACUUCACCUUCAGCAGUCUGACCAGCGUCGGCUGGAACGUCUCCCCAAACACCAACUCCGAGAAGAUCUUCUCCAUCUGCGUCAUGCUCGUCGGAGGAUGUAUGCCACGUCUAGAGGAGUACUUCCAACACGCCUGGUCCUACACCAACGGGAUCGACAUGAACGCUGUUUUGAAAGGUUUCCCCGAGUGCCUGCAGGCAGACAUCUGUCUCCACCUGAACAGGUCCCUGCUGCAGAACUGCAAGGCUUUCAAAGGAUCCACUAAAGGCUGUCUGAGGGCUCUGGCCAUGAGGUUUAAGACCACCCACGCCCCCCCAGGUGACACGCUGGUCCACGCUGGAGACCUGAUAUCAGCUCUGUACUUCAUAUCCAGAGGGUCCAUCGAGAUCCUCAAAGGAGACGUGGUGGUGGCCAUACUGGGGAAGAACGAUGUCUUCGGCGAGCCCAUCAACCUACAGGCUCUACCGGGAAAAUCCAGCGCUGACGUCCGAGCUCUGACCUACUGCGACCUGCACACAAUCUACAGAGAAGACAUGAUGGAGGUUCUGGACAUGUAUCCUGAGUUCUGUAAAUAUUUCUGGUCAAACUUAGAGAUCACCUUCAACCUCCGAGACGUUAAUAGUGAAGGUGUAGGUCUGCUGGGUAGAGAAGACUCCAACUGGAGGAAACACAAACUCUCCUCCACUCACACAGGUGACACAGUUUCAGUCGGCAGACAAAGAGUGACCUACAGGUGUAGAAGAAGUAAGAGGGAGCAGCGUGACACUCACAACGAAGACGAUCAUAAAUACACGCUGUACGGCCCUGUGUUCUCCAGUGAGGAUGAGGAUGAGGACGCACAGGUGACCAGUCCUGAUCACACCUCCAGACAUCAUGCUGCUCCAAACACAGCGAGGAGCUCAGACAUCAAGAAGAAAGAGAGCAGCUGCAACCCUCUGACAGAUGCUCUAUCAGGAGUGUCCAACAUCUUAACGUUCUGGGGCUCAGAGAGUCGGGAGGAGCAGAGGUACCAGGAGGUGCCCUGCUCCCACAGCCCCCCCUCACCUCCUCCUGACCUGCCCUCCACCUCACCCUUUCCCUCCAGCCCUCCUCCCCCACCCCCGGCUCUUCCAGCCGUCGUCUCUAAGAGGCAAAGGGUGGAGCUGGAGAAAAGGCUGGAGACCCUGCAGACACAGAUCAACAGGUUGGAGUCAUGUAUGUCAGCAGACAUCGGGACCAUCAUGCAGCUGCUGCAAAGACAGACCUCCAUGAUCCCACCCUCCUACAGCACACUGACAACCACAACUGAUGCACCUUCCUCCCCCACCCUGUCCCCAACCUCUCCCUCUGCCGCCCCGACCCCGCCCUCCCCCACAGACACCAAUGAGGUCACCGAGCACCAAACACCAGCAGCUGUACUCCAGUAA